AUGAGCGUCGUCCUGUCUAUGGCGCAAUUAUCUGAAACGGUCGACCGUUACCAACCAACCAACCAACCAACCAAACGACCAGCCGAUCUGCCUGUCGAGGCCAGAAAGCGUGCGCCGGUGCGGGCGAACGAGAUUGUCCUCCGGCAAGUUGAAACAGGACGAAGAGCGCAGAAGCAGCAGCACGGUGUUGUCGAAUCUGCACAUUCAGCCAGUGUCCAGUGGUCAGCGGCGGCGACCACUAUGCAGACUCAACGGUUUUACCCGUCGUUUUCGGUGGGGCGCUACUCGCCAACGCAGUACGCCAGGUCGGCCGCUGAGCAAAUGAGGAGGCAGUGCAUGACGAACGUCGGAGUUGCGACAAAUCUGUUUGGAGGCAUCGAUGAAGGCAUAUUUUCGGCUCGUGCGGAAGCAGCUUUCGUGGCCGGCAUCGAUAUGAAAGCGGCAUCUUCUGGAUCUGCUCCUAACCCAAUGCUUAAGGCAGAAAUGUUGCCAUCGUAUUCGCACCUUGGACCUUCAGGUCCUCAUCCUCAGGUGGCAAUGCCAUCAGCGAUGGAAUUUCACUUGGACCCGAUUGCUUCGAACAGCAACGUCUCUGUCAUGCCGUCGAUGAUGGAUCAGCAUCACAUGGCGAUGACCGCCGGCAUGGGUCACCAUCAAUUCGCUCAGUACUCCCACUCGGCCAUCAGCAGCAUAGGACCCCCACCGUUUGCGCCACACCAUUCCUCAUUAGCCACCAACAGUGCCGUCGUGGCGCGGCAUCUGAACGCUGAGUCAGAGACUGACCCUAGGGAGUUGGAGGCUUUCGCUGAACAUUUCAAACAGAGACGGAUCAAGCUAGGGGUGACCCAGGCUGACGUCGGCAAAGCACUGGGUAACUUGAAGCUACCAGGGGUCGGCUCGUUGAGCCAGUCGACCAUUUGCCGGUUCGAGUCGCUGACGCUGUCUCACAACAACAUGAUCGCCCUGAAGCCGAUUUUAGCCGCUUGGCUGGAGCAGGCUGAGUCGACGAUCAAGGAUCGAAACAAGGAGAACGGUAUUCUGCCAAACACUGAAAAGAAGCGCAAACGAACGUCAAUCGCAGCCCCUGAGAAGCGCUCACUCGAGGCCUACUUUGCCGUGCAGCCCCGACCUUCCGGCGAGAAGAUUGCCGCCAUCGCUGAGAAGCUAGACCUCAAAAAGAACGUUGUGCGAGUGUGGUUUUGCAACCAGCGCCAGAAGCAGAAACGGUAA